CAGCUGGUCAUGGAAGACGAUAUAGGGAUUAUAGUGGACCUGACGAAGAGACCUGACUACUUGGAGCAUAUCGGCGCUGAGCUGCAGAAGGCUGAGAAAGAAAGGGAUAAAGGUAACACCAAAAGCGAAGCCCUGUAUCUGUUGGGACUGGCGCUGUACUACGCCGAGAAGGGAAAAGGAAUACUUUGGUUGGCUGAGAAAUUCUUCAUGGCGUCUAUCGCUGUGGCCAGCCAAUAUCUGGUGGAUGGUGGGCGGCAGAAAGGGUGCUGCAAGUACCAUUAUGCGAAGUUUUUGCUUGACAAAUUUCCAGGAGUUGAUCAAGAUGAGCCUUUUCAAAUUCUGACUCAAGUUCGAGAUUCUGCUAUUGGAAAGCCAUGGCUCCUGUACGAGCCUGUAGAAGGGGAUCAGGGAGAGCAGUCAACUGAGACACUGUUUAAAGCGACGGCACUUCAACUGCACAGAGUUCUUAUGAGCCAAGCGAGGACUAUUCGCAAGCAAGACCCCAGCAAGGCGGAACGGUUGUCCCGUUUGGCUGAAAGGCGCGCUGUAGAUGCCGAAGAAACCGUCAAAACCGCCGACGCGAUCAUCGAAAUCGGGAUCUGUCAGCUGGCGAUCAACAACCUGAACAACGCGCAGAAGACCUUCGACCGCGCGUUCAAGAUUCACAGCGAGAGCAAGAACAUAACGGGCAUAUGCGACUGCAAAAUGCAUAUGGCGGCUGUCAUGCAAAAAUUAGGGGACCACGAGGCGGCAGCCAAGUUGCUAACAGAGAUGGGUGGCAUGGCGAUGGAGCACGGCCUGCGACUGCAACUGGGCCGCGCGCUGCAUCUCAUCGGAGAGUUGCAUCUCAGACGAGAGCGUCCUGAACUCGGCACCCAGCACUUGAAGGAGGCUUUGCUUGCUUCAUGGGGUUUAAUUGGCAGUAUCCCGGUGCACAGCCCUCCCUGGAUAUGGCCACGCUUGGAAGUGAAUUAGGUAUCGUUUUUGAGAACAAAACGGAGAUUUAUGAAGAGGAAGCGGAACAGUCUCGGCUAAUGAUGGCGAUAUCUUCAGGACAAGAGAAGAUGGCGUCAUUCUUCGGCAUGCUAAAAGAGGCCAAGGACUGUACGAUAGCUAAGAUGAAAAUCAUUGAAUGGAAGCUGUCUCUCUCUCCCUGGUGGAUGAAGAGGACGCACCACAACUUCUUGCCCUGCCCGUGCCCGCAGCAUCACCGGACGCCAUUGGAUGUCUUAAAAACCAAACUGGAGUUUGAGAAAAACAAAUGGAGAUCCAGUCAAGAGAGGACAAUCUA